AUGGCAGCCCCACCCUCAGGACCGAGCAACUCACGGCCGGACUCGCGUCGUCUCGCCGACUUUGCCGCCAAAGCAGCCGAAACCUUUGUCUCUGCCUACUACGCCGCGUCCGAUUCACCACAACGCACCAACCUCGUCCCCACCUUGUAUCUGCCCACCUCGUCGAUCGUCUGGAAUGGGACACCGGUGAGCGGACAGCAGGAGCUGACGGCGAUGCUCAACAGCAUGCCGGGCAGCAAGCAUGAGGUGCAGGCGUUUGACUGUCAUGCUCUUGGAGGAGCUGUAGACGGAGCUUCGUUCACACCCCCAUCAAUAACGCUCUCCGUCUCGGGCACAGUCUCGCAUCACACGCCCGAAUCCUCCUCCGCCCUCCACCCAUCCACCUCUGCACCCAAAUCAGCCACAUCCUCGACCCACGGUGUCAACCGCAACCGGACCAACUUUGACCCGGAUGCGCCGAUCACGAGCCACCCACGGGCGUUCUCGCAGAACUUUGUACUGGUCAACACGGAUGGCGAGGGCGGCGUGGCGUGCAGUAGCAAUGUCGGCAAGGAGGGAAGUGUCACCUUGACGGGCAAGUAUGUUGUUCAGGCCGACAGCUUUCGCUUUGUCGGGUAA